CUUCGGUAGAAACAACAAGUAUUUUAUAAAAAAAUGAAGGGUGUGUUCGUUAUUGUUGUUGUAUUCCUCAUAGGAUUCAGCUAUGCCUACACUAACCCCUUUGACGAUAUCAUGGAACCGAUAAUGGAAGAACUUAGGCAAAAACAAGGUGGCAUAAUUGAAAUAUUAAAAUCAUUCGCCACCCUUCUGAGGGCCAUCGUCGGCAUCCUAGAUGGAUCCUCCUCUGCAAAAACCCUGGUUUCAGCCAUGCAGGGCGUUUUCUUCUCCAUCGAACGAACCAUAAACCUCCAAGGCUUGGUCAUGAGAAUUCCUAUCGUAGGAAGAUUCAUCGCCCCUGUAAUAGGCGGCAUAACCACCGUUAUUGGCAACACACCGAUGUUGAGUGGAUUGAUAGAACAAGUGCUUUAAUUAACUUGUAAGUUAAUUAAAUAAUGUGACUUGACACCGUUUCAUGCUUUGUAUUUUAGCAAAAUCGAAGGGAUUUCGAAGCACUUGUAGGCAA